GAUGGCAUCCUCCUGUGCGCACGUCGUGUGUAGGAGAAAUGGCAUGAUUUUAAAAAGACAGAGCAUUUCGCCGGGGAAACCAAUUUUAGUCCGGAAUUUUGGUGACCUACAUUCUGCCAAUAACAUCAAAGAUUUGAUCGGUCAUGAAGGAAAUGUUGGAAAGGAUGUGGAAGCAAAGGUCAUGGAAGACUUGGUGAAAUCAGUUGCCUAUACCGUCUACACAAAGAGCUCAGAGGAUGUCCAAUUUAUUGGGGACAGAAUCAACGAAGGGACAAAACAUGCGGUGAGUUGGAUUUUGGUUCAGUGAAAGACAGUUUUUCCACUUUGAAAGAAAAUU